AUGGCGUCUUCCGAGCCAUCGCCAGAACAGCGUGAGCUGACUCUUGUUGGCAAAGUUGAGAUGCGGAUUGCGCUCACGGAUACGGACAGCAAGCUCGAAGCAAUCCUCAAAACGUACCUGGCUCCGCUGCUCUUGAAACUUGCAUCACCACAUGAAAGCGUUCGGAAAAAGGUCAUUACCAUAUGCCAGCACGUCAACACCCGAGUGCAGCCGCAGUCGAUCCAGCUCCCGGUUGCAGCUCUGAUCAAGCAGUUCAAGGAGCAAGAAAGCCCUCUAAUUCGACACUUCGACCUGCUCUAUAUCCAGCAGGGUGUCGUGAGGCUUUCGAAUGCGGACAAGGCUGAGCUCCUGCCAAUAGUGGCAAACGGUAUAGCCAAGUCUGGCACGCAAGCACCUCAGAUCUUUUACUUGCUUCUGAGAGCAUUGGGCUCGUAUCGGAUACCUCAGCGUGGCAGUAAAGAAGAUGCGGAGUUGCGGCGGACCCUCGACAUCUCCGAUGAAGAUGCUCGAUAUUUGGUAUCAAAGCUUGGCAAAUUCAUUCUGUUCACGCCACAGCGGGCUGGGAACGCUGCUCCAAGCCCGGGCCUUACAAGAGAAGAUCAUGACUUCUUCAACGUUGACAGCAAGCCAGACGUUUGGAAUCCAGCUGCAGGCGGAUUGAACCUCAUGCAAACAAAAGCUCUGUGUGCAAGAUUACUUGCUAGCGGGCUCUUCAAUGAUGCAGAGCGCUUCCUACCUGCUCUAUUUGCUUCUGCUGAUCCGGCUUCGUCGAUCGGUGAUCCAGGCGACGACAUGAUGAAGCGCGCCUUACCGGCUACUGAUCUGGAGGACGAGUACUUGGUCAAGCAAUUAUUCAAUCUCUACUUUGGAGAGGGUACUGCACCUCGAGUGAAAGCUCCACUUCGUUUGAAGAUUCUCAAUCUCCUGGGCAAAUCCAUGAAAAGCACUACGUUUGACAACAAUAUCACGAGGAUGGUUGACGAUGGCGUGAAGACGAACAGCAUCGGCAGAGAAGCUACCAAGCUUCGGACAGCUAUAUUUCAAUACAUCAAUUUUGUUGCACGACACGGAUCGAGGGAGACUUUGCACGCUAUUGCUCCGAUAGUGGUUGCUCGACUGCGAGACUUCAUCGAGAAUCAGGGUUGGCCCAAGCCGGGCUUGAGCGAGGAUCUGGUCUCUCGAGCAUAUGCGUACGAGGUGAUUGGCCUCCUGGCCAAGGCUGGGCCGCGGACGCUACUAGUGGAAAGUGAACACACCUCUCUCGACUUGCUUCGCUGGUUGUUCGACUCAUUAGCUCGCGAUUCCUCUGGCAACUCGAUUACGGUGAGCAUAGAAGAAUCUCUUUCAACUAUUCUCGGUGCCAUGAGCACACGAUUUGAGCUUGAGAGGCACGAGCAAGAAGUCCUCGAGGACCUUCUGAUUGAUCAAAUGCGGUACUCAGCUUCCCUAGAGGAACAUCAACGUUUACGGAGCACAAGAUAUGUCGCAGUCAGAUUCGCAAACAGGUGUCUACCCUACGCCUCCGUGAAAGCUCGAUGGGUGGACAUUCUGGCUAUAGGUGCCACCUCUGACAGACCGGAAGUCCGUGAGGAGGGAGAGCGUGGUCUCAGUCCACACUGGUACCGCAUGUUGAACGGCUCGAAUGUAGACUCGGCCCCUGCCUUAGACUUUCCCGCUUUCGAAGGUGUCAUCUCCGAAUUCUUCGUCCGACAGACAAGCAUCACGAGCUCCGACGCGGCAGUUAUUGCUCAGAAAGCGAAAGAACUUCACGAGUCUGCAUUCCCUGCCAUGACAGCUUUCGCUCGGCGAAUGCUGUUCCACGAAGCUUUUCGUGACGCAAGCAUCGCUGUUAACCUCGACAGCGAAUGGGAGAAGAAGAUCGAUGCAAUGCUCGAAUCAGAUAUGCCAGCAAGAAGAGCUGGGAAAGCGCAUCUAAAGAGCGUUGCGUCUCAGCAGCCAGUCCUCGUUGAUGUCCUGAUGAACGCUCUAUUCGAGUGCGUGUCCUCUAAGAGCUUAUUUGCGGAAGACCAUUUGGUGGAGUUCUUGGCGCUCAGUCCGGAUGUUCUUGUCCAGAAGCACGUUGGACGGACCGAGUUUCUCCUGACCUUACUCAAAUCCAAUCACCAUGGUUGUCGCAUGACUGCAGCGCACGCAUUUGGCAUCCUGGCUUCGCAUCCAAGCGCAAGAGCCCAGCAACAACUUGCACAGCUCUUGGAAGUAUCCCAAACAUAUGCCACGGCCGUCGGCGCUGCCUUAAGCGCCGUCCACGGGUCGAUCGUCGCCCUGUCCUUUUUCUAUGCUAGAGCAGCCUAUCGAAAGCAAGAACGACAACCCUCUGACCAGUUGACGAGCUACCUUGGCGUCCUCUUCAGGGCAUUCACAGAUGGAGGAGACGGCCUACUGCAAGAAGCAACCCAUAUCGCGAUCGGCCAAAUGAGUAUGUUUGGCUGUCUCGAAAGCCAGACAAUUAGCGAGUAUUCAAGCGUAGCGAAGGUAUCCGAAAAGCUGUAUCAAAAGGCGAAGGACGGGAAUGAGAUUGCUAUUCUCUCUCUGGGGCAGCUUUCGAUGAUUCUCCCAGAAGACAGCGAAGAUCUCUCGAGUAUCGAGGAUCAUCUGCACAAACUUCACGAAAUUCGGCAGUCCGAGGUCCAUUUCACGGUCGGAGAAGCGCUGAGCUAUGUGGCUUCCGGCUGGCAGUCUGAAGCUCUGGCUACUCAAAUCGACAUUGACAUCGAUGCGGAAGUAAAGUUGAUACAGAAGAGAUCACAAGUUCUCCCCAAGCUGUUGGACAAGGUGUUGGCAGACUGUGCGAACACCAAACCUGCGCUGAAAAAAGCUGCGGUCAUGUGGCUCCUCUGUCUGGUGCAGUACUGCGGCAGAGAUGUUCAGGAUCGACUUUCUGAAUGUCAAGCUGCCUUCAGGCGCUGUCUCUCCGAUCGGGAUGAGCUGGUGCAGGAAUCUGCAUCCAGAGGACUUGGCUUGGUGUAUGAAAAGGGCGAUCGGAAACUCAAAGACGAUCUUGUCCGCGAGCUUGUGUCUUCGUUCUCUUCCGACAAGCAACAGCUCUCUGGCAAUGUGUCCGCGGACACUCAGCUUUUCGAGCCCGGCGCACUUCCCACAAGUGAUGGUUCCGUAUCGACUUAUAAAGAUAUCAUGAGCCUGGCAGCAGAAGUCGGAGACUCCAGUUUGGUGUACAAGUUCAUGUCGAUGGCCUCUUCAAAUGCCAUCUGGUCCAGUCGAGCAGCCUUUGGACGGUUCGGACUCAGCCGAGUGUUAUCCGACUCUUCUGUCGAUGGCUACCUCGCUCGCAAUCCGAAGCUUUAUCCGAAGCUCUUCCGAUACCGAUUCGAUCCAAAUGGCGGCGUUCAACGAUCGAUGAAUGAAAUCUGGACUGCGCUGGUGCCUGACUCGGCUGCAACGAUCGACCAGCACUUCGACGCCAUCAUGGAAGACCUACUUUCCAGCAUUCUUGGCAAGGAAUGGAGAGUCCGACAAGCCUGCUGUGCGGCAAUCGCAGAUCUUGUGCAAGGACGCCCUCUUGAGAAGUAUGAACAAUACCUGGAGCGUAUCUGGACACAGUGCUUCAAGGUGCUCGACGACAUCAAGGAGUCUGUGCGAGCCAGCGCUGCUCUAUUAGCACGGACUCUGACCGGAGUCCUUACGCGCUCACUUGAGGCCGACCACAGUGCAACGAAGAAUGCGUCGGCCAUGCUCAAGCACGUCCUACCUUUUCUCCUAUCGCCAUCCGGCAUGGAGUCCAGCGCCAAGGAAGUGCAGCUGUUCUCGGUACAUACGCUGCUUGAGAUUAUCAAGAAAGCUCAUGGCUCGACGCUGCAGCCUUACAUUCCUGAGCUUAUCGAACGCCUGAUUGGAUUGCUGAGCUCGCUUGAGCACGAGGCGAUGAAUUAUAUUCAUCUCAAUGCUUCCAAGUACAACCUGACGGAACAGAAGAUCGAUGACAUGCGACUGUCGAGCGUACGGAGUAGUCCUCUCAUCGAGGCCAUCGAGCGCUGCCUGGAUCUCCUGGAUGAGGCCAGCAUGCGACAGCUCUGGCCCCGACUCUCAAAUGCCAUGAAGAGCGCGGUUGGUCUGCCAUCGAAGGUGGGAUCGAGUCGGGUGCUGGUUUCUUUGAGCACUAGGCGCAUGGUUUUGUUCCGCGCCUUUGCGGACGACGCUCUCAAGCUGAUGGAAAGGCUUGUGGUGGAUCGCAAUGACACAGUGUCCAGUUCUUACGCCGCCGCAGCUGGGUAUGUUGCUCGUGGCGCUUCGGACAAGCAAAUCUCUCGAUUGAUCGCCUUCGCAAAGAAGCUGUAUUUCGCGUCGGAGGGCGAUCGCGAGUCUUCCACGCCGCGCAGGAGCAUCGCAUCGGGCGAAGUGAUGUACCACUUUGCGAAGCAGGCAGGCGACAGGUUCAAGGCAUUUGCCACGUCGAUCCUGCCAUUCAUUUUCGUUGCGAAGCACGAUGAUGAUGAGCAAGUCAAGGAACACUUCCAAGACACGUGGAACGAAGCGGUUGGUGGCUGGCGCGCGGCACAAGUGUACAUGAAGGAGAUUCUCGCAAUCUGCAUGAACUAUCUCGACUCCCCACAGUGGGCACUGAAGCACGCGGCUGCGCGAGCGGUCGCUGAUACCGUCGUGGCCGUCUCAUCGGGCGAGUCUCCGAUGUCCGCAGCGAGCGGAGCUGCCCUGUGGCCUGCCAUCGACAAAGCGCUGGGCGGCAAGACAUGGGAUGGAAAGGAGGUGGUCCUUCGUGCAUUCGUCCAAUUCGUGGAGGUCGCCCAACCCUUUUACCAAGAUCAGGAGAGUGUGCGCUCCAGCAUGAUCAAGGUCGGCAUUCGAGAAGCCAAGCGCCAACAUGCAGCAUACCGGCAACACUCGGUCAAGGCGCUGGCUCGAAUCGCGCUGGCACGCAGCGAUAUCGACAUGCACGAUGCGGUCUUCGACAUUGUCGAUCCGAUCCUGCGCGAGACACGCGACGAAGAUGCCACGCAGAUGGACGGACAGGAGACUUCUCGCCACUCGGAAGAGACGGACGCCACGACGGCAGCCGCCAUCGAGGCCCUUUUCGCUUCGAUCAAUGCGCACGUGUCGGACGGCAACAUGCUCCUCCGCCAGCUGUCUCGAGCGAUGCACGAGGUGGCGACGACCAAUGCACAGGCAGGCACGAAGCCGUCCAUCCUGCGCAGCACAUUCGAAGGCGUGGCGCGCACAUUCGCUCGCGUGCGGGAACAGAAGCGGGAAGUGACGCUGGACGCCCCCGCCACUGACGCGCUCAAGACGCUGCUAUUCGGGCCGGUUGUGGGCGUGGAAGCAGUCAGGCUGAUGCGCGCCGAUGCGAUCGUGUCUGCCGCGAGGGCGUUACCGUCGGUGGGGGACGCGAUGAAGGAGGAAGUGUCGGUGCUCAUGGCAAGCGAGACGUCGUCGGCCGUUCGAGAGCGUCUGCGUGCUGCG